UGGCGUCUGGCUCCGUAGGGUUCCCGAGCCUCGCGGUGGAGAGGAGAACGCUGGAAUCCAGCUCUCUGUGCCCGAGGGUCCCCGUGGCUAUCACCUUUCCCUCCCCGAAGUAAAAGGAGAUCCCCAGCCCCAGACCCUCCCUCCAGAAGGACCUCCCUCUGGCAAAAGAGCUUCGUGGCUGGCGAGGGAAAGAGGGAAAGGAGCCAGCCAUGUCGAACACAAUGUAUAAUAAGAUGUGGCAUCAGACCCAAGAAGCCCUCACUUCUUUGCUUGAUAAAGAGUCUCAGAAGAUGAUGGAACCACAUCAGAAUCAGGUUUUCAUCUUCCAAAUGUUAGCCACCUUCUACAUAAAAUACGUGCAGAUCUUUAGGAACCUGGAGAAUGUCUAUGACCAGAUCGUCCACCCGCAGAAGCGAAUACUGAUCCGAAAAAUCCUGGACGGGGUGAUGGGGCGCAUCCUGGAGCUGAAGAACGAGAUGGUGGAGCUGGAAUUAACGGAGUUUCACUAUUUUGAUGAUCUCUUGCAGGACCUAAAGCUGGCUCCCCAACAAUUGGAUAUCCCCAUACCCAAGUAUUUUUUGAAGGAGAAGCUGGAAGUAAUAAAAGAAAGAGAGAAAAUCCUUGCUCAGAUAUUAGCCAACACUGGGUUCGAUGCAACUGACAAGAAAUACCCCGUAAGAGCCAUUCCCUUGGAAGAGGCUAUUAAAGUAAUCCAGGUGGCCGAGAGGGCCCGGCAAGGGCGCCUGAGAGCCAUGUUCAUGAAGCAGAUCUUCCUUCAGGAAUACAGAGCCAGGCAGGCCAAGAUCCUUGGCGAGAAGAUAGCAGACGCGGGGGCCGCCGCUCUGCGCAUCCAGAAGGUUUGGCGAGGUUUCCAACAAUCUAAGAAAGCCGAGCGAGAGAGAGAAGAGGAGAUGAUAUUCCUGGGUAUGAAUCCACCACCUUUGUUUAAUGAAGUCGGUGCUACCAUAAUCGAGGCUGAAAAGGUGACCCACAUGCGGGAUAAGGUGCAGAUGAAGCAUGAAGAGGACUACAGAGGUGCCCUGGUUACAAUCAAGGAUGACCUGAAACUAACAGAAGGUCCAGACAUCAAGGAGAACCUUCAGGAUCAGAUCAGGCGCUGGUUCAUCGAAUGCAGGAACUUAACAGGCACAUUUCCUGACUACCCCAGAGAAGAAGAAGGAGGUUCAGCUAUCAUUUUUUCCAACAAGACCCCACAACAGGUUAUUGAGGACAUUAUUGCAAACCAAGAAGAAAAGGAAACAAACAAAAAGAAGAAAAAGGAGAAGAAACCAAAAACAGCCAAAAAAGAAAAGGAAAAGAAUGAGACAAAGGAAAAAAAUAAGGAAGAAGACGAGGGGUGGAAAAUGUCGCCGAGCAUUUUCCUUCAUACGAUGGAGGAAGGAAGUAACGUUUACAAAGAUGUGUGGAAGAAUAAAGAUGAAUCGUGGAAUUUCUACCAGGACUAUGAUCCCGAAAUGAUCAAAGAGGAGAAACGGAAGGAACUGGAGUCAGAGAUCAGGGUGCAGGUGGAUGAGUUGAUGAGACAGGAACUGAAAAACUUAAAACUAGCUGUGAACAGAGAGAAGGAAUUACCGGUCAAAACAGGAAGGAAGAAAGGAGGUAAAAAGAAAAAUAAAAGGAAGAAAGGCAAGAAAGGGAAAAUGGGGAAGAAGGAUAAGGACCUGACGGCUGACAGGACCAUUGAAUCUCUGUAUAAGGAGCUCGUGGAAGAGGGGUUACUGAUCCAGGCUCUGAAAGUCAACCUCUCUGACUACAUCGGCGAGUACAGCUACCUGGGGACGACUCUCCGCCAGGUGUCUAUAGAGCCCAUGCCUUCCCUCCUGGACGUCAGACAGCUCAUCACCCUCUACGGGGUCCUGCCUCUAGGUUCUGCAGCGGUGCACAAGAAAGCUCCUCUGGUGAAGUCCCUGCUCUUGGCCGGGCCGUCUGGGGUGGGGAAGAAAAUGCUGGUCCACGCCAUCUGUACCGAAACGGGAGCCAACCUCUUCAACUUGUCCGCAACUAACAUUGCCGGGAAAUACCCCGGCAACAGCGGCCUCCAGAUGAUGCUGCAUGUCGUCUUCAAGGUGGCCCGCCAGCUCCAGCCCUCCGUGGUGUGGAUCGGAGACGCAGAGAAAACCUUCUACAAAAAAGUCCCCAACUCGGAAAGGGAGAUGGAACCUAAACGCCUGAAAAAACAGCUUCCCAAAAUCCUGAAGCUCCUGAAACCAGACGAUAGAAUUCUGAUCGUGGGGACAACACAGCGACCUUUCGACGCUGAACUUCAACCAUUUUGCAGAGUUUACCAAAAAAUUAUUUUGGUUCCCAGACCAGACUACGCUUCCAGAUUCGUUUUGUGGAAGCAGAUCAUUCAGCGCAACAAAGGAGUCAUCACUGAUGCCCUGAGUGUAAGUUGCCUAGCAAAGAUCUCCGACGGCUUCACCCAGGGGCACAUCGUCCAGGUGGUGAAGGAGGUGCUCACGGAGCGGAGAAUCCGGCAGCAGGCUCGUAAGCCGCUCACCGCCGUGGAGUUCAUCACCGCGCUCACCAGCAUGAGCCCCGUCUACCAAGAGGAAGAAGAGAGCUUUAAGGUCUGGUACGCCAAAACCCCGAUGGGGAGGAAGCGAGCCCUGGCGUUAACGGGAGGUAACGCAGAAAAUGAAAAGGACAAAGGGAAAAAGAAAGGAAACAAAAGGGAAACGGAGAAAAAGAAAAAGUAGUGCCUUCCUGAGGGGCCGAGCUCGAGUCUCACUCAGGGGUGGAGGCGGCCCCGACUCUCCCACACGGAGGUUCACCGUCGCCUGUGCGAAGACGGCCGCGCCCAGGCCCCAAGCCCAUCAGCCCUGCCCUGGCUCAGCGAGACCCUUCCAGGCUGUCCACCAAGUUGCUUGUCCACAGCGACUGUUUCUAGAGCUCGUAACUGUUUCUCAAUCUGUGUAAAGUUUGUGUGUGACCGAGUCCACUCUUCACACACUCGCCAGCCUUUCCAAGCUGGACACGUCAUCUCAUCAGGACUAGUUGCCAAAUUAAAUUUUGAUGGUUAAGAAAUACUCUCAUCUGACAACGAGUAAGUUCAGGCCACCACCGGCACUACGUGCUUUUUACUGACCCGUACGUACUGCACGUUCUCUUGCACGUGUUUUAAUAAAUUAAUUCUUUGUGCUAUUAAUAUGUGAUAUGGAAUGGAAU